AUGAUGCCGCGCCCCCAGAUCAUCCACAGCGGCCACUUCAUGGUGUCGGAGCCCCACACCGAGCCCGACCGUGACCCAGAUCCUGACUCAGAGGGAGCACCGAGCCCGAGAGGUCAAGUUGUUGCCGGACUGCCGGGGCCCGGGAAAAAGAGCAGACCUGGGCUGGCUGCGGCUGGAGAGACGGGGGACGGAGCCCCGAAGGGCUGUGGGGUGAUCUACGACUUCGACACGGUGGACGAGGGCACGUGCGAGACCUACCGGUACGGGCCGCGGAGCAGUGGUGCCCUCAACAUCGACAUCUCCCUCGCCAAGCUCUUUGAGUGCAUGACGCUUGCCUACAGCGGGAAAAUUGUUUCUCCCAAGUGGAAAACUUUCAAGGGGCUGAAACUUCUACAGCGUGACAAGAUUCGGCUCAAUAAUGCCAUCUGGAGGGCCUGGUAUCUGCAGUAUGUGGAAAAGAGACAAAACCCUGUGUGCAGUUUUGUGACUCCACUGGAGUGCAGUGAUGUAGAUGAGCACCGCAAACCCGAGGCUGUCAUUAUGGAGGGAAAGUACUGGAAGCGCCAGAUCGGAGUUGUCAUUAGGGAAUAUCACAAGUGGAGGACAUUCAUCCCCAAGCAGAGGACAUUCUUCCAUACCAAGGUCCAAAAGAAGAUAGACAGACCUAUUUAUGGCUCCACUCAGGAGGUAGCUGAUAAUGUUUCAGGAGUCCAGCAGUACAGUGAAAUGGCCAGUGGAUGCCCUAUGGAUCUGGACCCCUUGCAUGAUUUGGAUGCACUCCUGGACACCAUCUUCUCUGGCAGGAAUCCUUAUGGGGGCCCCAACCUACGUGGCUUUGGCCACCAGGGCAAUGCUGACAUGAUCCAACCCACCCUGACACAGCUGCACCCCAUAUUUGGAGAGGAAUUCAUGGACACUUUGGACCCUGUCCAAGACUUCAUCACUUCUUGUCAUCCUCGUCCAGCUGUCCAGGCUCCCCCACCACUAACAGAUGCUAGUGCCUUGAGUCAGUGUGACCCAAAUGUGUCUCCCAUUGCCAGUGACCUCAAGGAACUUCCACUACCUGGAGACUUUCUCAUGCCCAUUCCCAUCUCCCUGGACAUGGAGCCCCCUGAACCUCUGAAUGGACAGCAGACUUUCCUGCCGCUCUUCCCCACUUCUCCAGUGAGGAUCAAUCCCCCGCUUGUGCCUUCAGUCUUGCAUAUCCAACCUCAAACUACCUUGGUCUUCUCAGUCAUCACCCAAACAGGUUCAGAAAAGCCCUCCUCUCCAUCUGCAUCCACAUCUGCAGGCACCUUUGCUGUGCCUACCUCUGCUCCCCCAGCCAAGAGCGGAAGGGGCAGACGGCUACAACGGAUUGCUCCAGCACCCUCUUCUAGUAAACAGACAGCACUUCCCAGUUCCUCGCUCACCUGCCUGCUUUCAUCUGAUCCAGCCCAAUUGUCCCUCACUCCGGUCAUUAAUUCCAUACAGGCUUGUGGCACCUCAGGACUCCCUGCUGAUGUCAUGUUGAGCUCAGUCUCUGGGACAGAGAAGUCUCCGCCUCCUGCUGCUGCAGCCUCUCCUGACACUGGUUCCCAAACCAAGGAAGAGGCUGAGGACAGGAUUGUCUGUAACCCACAGGAAAUAUCCAAACGCUGUACUGCCAAGGUGAUGAGGAAUGGAAGUCGAAGAUCCACUUUUGCCUCUUCGGACUACACCCGACGUAUGCUCAUCAGCUCUGGCUUCAACACUCUUGCCAGUCUGGUGCUGCCAGGAUCUGAUCAGACCAGCACAAAGCUUAGCAAAGCAGUGCUUCUGCAGAAGAGCGUGGCAUACGUGGGGAGACUGCAGCAGGAGCACCGACAAACUCGGGCAACAGUAGAAAGAUUGCAUGGUGAAAUCGAAGAGCUGAGCACAGCCAUUGAUGAGUUCCAGCGUCAGCUUCCACCCAGCGGAGCCCCUGUUUUACCACCGCAGUCAGAUCAGACUUCUCAGCUCUAUGAAGAGUACGUGCGCCGGCGCACCUCAGAGGACUGGCGCUUCUGGCUUUUUAGCGUGGUAACCAAGCCGCUGUUUGAGAGCUAUACCAGAACAGUGAACACAGGCGGCAUCAAGGAAUUCUGCCAGUCGGUGUUGAGUUGGUUGGAGCAACACUGCACCCUGCCCAUCUUGCGCCCUGCUGUCUCUGGCUCCCUCCUGCAGCUCAGCAAGAUUACAUCCAUCCUGACGCAUCCAGCCCAGUUGCCUGAACAAGCUCUGCAGGCCAUCUCUCGUCCUCCACUGCAUCCUUCUAUGCAGCCUCAUGUAGCCCCCAGUGCCCAUAGCAGAAGCUCUAAUUUAGGAAUUCCUUUGUCAUGCAAAGCAGAACAGUAGCUUCUAGGUGCAUAUGGGGGAUGAGAGUUCCAAAGAAGGGAAUCUCUGGGAAUUCAGUUUGGUGCUGGCCACUUAACUCGCUCUUUGACAGAACAAAACGUUGACUUGAAACCUCAGGUGGGUGUUGCAGAGGCACAAUGCAAGGCUCAGAGCUACAAGUCCCAAUUAAUCCCCCAAGGGGAUGUCAGAAAACACUUUUAGUCCUUGGAACUCAGUUAGGAUGUGGGCUACAAAAGAGGCUGGUGUGGUUUCCAUUUCCUUGUUUUUUUCCCACCAGAGGGCAGUGAUGUAGUUUGCAUAGAGUCCCUCUGUGUUUUUAAGGUGUCGCAGGACUUUAUUCUCUCAGUGUUGCAGAGGAAUUAUUCCUGUUUUGUGAAUUUGGAUGUUUGUAGCCAACUGCUUCUGUGAAGGGUAUUGCUGCUUUGCAGUAAUAUUUCCCAUAGCUUGGGGAAAUCUCGUGUGCUGUAUGUGGUAGCAAAUUUUACCUAUGCAAGUAUGUGCACAUACCCUCUUCUAGAUAUAAAUAAUCUAUCUUCCCCAUCUUUCACUCCAGGUCAGAAACCUGAUGACCAGUGAAUCCGUAAAUACUAACAGUAAUUAUAGGCCUGUGUGUUUUUUUUCAACGUGUACGCUGGAUUUCUGCAGGAUGGGAUUUGGUUUCCAGCGCAGAAUUCAUCAUUUUAAUCUCUGCUUCCAGGGGGCUGAAUUCAGAAGUCAUGGGUAUUACUUUUGUAAAGUGGGGCUGCCUAGGAGUUUCAAUGAGCUGUUGUAAAAUGGAGCUACCUGGGGGUUUCAGCAAGAUAGCUUUAGUCUAUUAUUGCUUAUGGCUUCUUGUCCCCACUUUACAGCCUCCAACACAGCCUGUGUUCUUACAGUUACCGUUCUAAAAAAAUAAUAAAACACUGUGUACCUUGUAUCACUUGCACAAAUGAUUCCAGCCCCAGAACUUGGGUUGCCUCUAGAGUAGAAUUUGAAGUUCAAUGGAGCUGGGCAUACACAGUGUUGGCUGCACAUCCAUCUUGGGUGUGCUGUGAUCAUGGCUUCAUUAGUUCCUGUUGCGUUUUUGUAGAUUCCCUGCAACCGUCAGAAUCCUCUGACAUACAGUGGGCAGGUGGUGUGGUUCUGAAGGAAAUUCCAUUUACCACCAACAUUUGUUCCUGCCCCAGUCCAUGCUACAACAUCCAUGUUGAAAUAGAAGGAGCCUGUCUAUAUGCUUCUAUCUAAUUACAAUAGAAAGCUAAUAUGCCUAAUUCCCAAACCACAGUUUUGUAGAGCUGAUACCUGCUAGAACAGAAGGGAACUUACCACACUGUUCCCUUCUGCUCCAUAGUGAAUGGAGAGAACUUUUUCUCUCAUAUGGGGCACUCAAGAAGUUAAUGGGCAAUAUUGUCAAGAUGUAUAAAGUACUGCUUUACUCAAUGAGUCAUUAAAUUGUGGAAUUCACUGCCAGUGGACAUAGUGAUUGCCACUAGCAUAGAUGGCUUUAAAAGGGGUCAAACAAAUUCAUGGAGAGAGGUCCAUCAGUGGCUAUUAGCCAUGGUGACUAGAAGGAACCUCUACAUUCAGAAGCAAUAAACCUGUGUAUACCAGUGCUAGGCAGCAACAUAAGGCGAGGCCUUUGGCCUCUGUACCCUUCUUGUUGGCUCUCCAGGGUGGCUUUUUGGCCACUGUGUGGAACAAGAUGCUGGACUAGAUGUAUUACUGUCCUGAUCUAUCAGGGCUGUUCUUGGAUUCUUAAAAGAAUCUCACUGAAUUCUUAGCUAUGCUUUUUGGGUGAUCCCUUAGUGGCAAAAAUGCUGAUUCAAGGACUUUCAAGAUUUCCUCCUCCCUGGGAUCUGUGUUUGACAGCUACCAGAGAACCUUAGCAAAGCAUGGAGGAACUUUUCUUGCAAUCACUAAAUUGUGGAAUUAUGCACCCAUAGCACCUAGAACAGUUCCCCCCUCUAUGCCUAUGGCUGCGGGUGAGGGUUUGAAGGAAAGACUAACCUAUUCCCUCUUUCCUCCUGGGGUUCUGUUCCUUAUAGUUUAUGAACACCAACAAAACAUCUUCAGAGCAAAUCCUAAAUGGAAUGGAGCUGGGGGAAUCCAGUCAUCCCCUACUUGUUUCUUUUAAAACUUUGAACAAAAAUACCAGCUAAGAACAAGUCACCUUCAUCUUUUGAGAAUGUUUCUUUUCUGUGCAGAGUGCUGUGAAAUUCUGCCUGUUUGUACGCAGACGUUCUUGCAAUUCACAUACGCACCCUCAUAAUUUUUGUGUGUGCGCAGAAAAAAAGUCUCUUCAAAAAGCAGUGCAGAUGAAUUGGCGUCUUUCAGAUCUUUGACUUUUUGUGGUGUCUAAUUAUUCGUGCAUUGUAAUAUAGGCACAAGAACAUCCACUAUUAUUUAUUAUUAUGGGUAAGAAUGUGAAGGUGGCGUGACCAGCCUACAUUUUCCCCAUUUUCCCUGUCAAGCCAGCAACGGGGAACGUAUUGAUGCCGUGGGGAGGCACUGAUAUACUAAAGCCACUGCAAAUCCAGAUGUUCCUGUCUGCUUGAGGCCUGAUAAGAGACAGUUGUCCUUGCUGAGAUAUCAGCUAGUUCUGCCCACUUGUGUUCCCGUUGCUCAUGUAUGGAGGCGAUGCUGCUGAUAUUUUUAGAAGUCUAAAUUAGCCAAAGAUAGCAUCAUAUUCAUAGACAUUGUUAGUAGUUAUGUACCACACAGCUGGUCUGUUUUCUGUUUGGAAAUCUGCCAGCAAUUGGGAAAUUUGCCACAAGACAGCUUGGUGAGCAACAUGUUACCCACCCUGGCAGUAAUUAUUAAUGGCACUUCAGCUUCCAGUCCUGUGGGAUUUUCCCCAGUUAAGUCCAAGUUAAGCUGAAUUUUUUUUUUCUCUUAUAAUGUGUAUAUGAAUAUUUAUAGAUUUUUCCUACUUAAAUGUUUAAUGAAUGUUUUGGCUCUCCCUUGUUUCUGUUACAUUUUGCAGUUCAAGAGCUUCUCAUUCUGUUUUCCCAAAAUGUGUUUUAAGCUUUUAUCAGUUUUUCACUGAUACCUAAUUCAUCCUUUUAGUCUUCCUUUUACUGUUCUAUACCUACCUGAAUCACUGAUUUAUAUACACUGCCAUUAACUUCCCUUUUAAAAAAAUGUAUACAGAGAUUUUUAUUUUGUGUUGCUGCUUUUGCAGGUUUUAAACAAAUAACACAUUUUGUACUGAUUAUACAGAAU